GCUGCUGCUGCUGGGGUGGGUCUAGGAGAUGGUGGCGGUGUCGGCGUCAUGCAGCAGCAGCAGCAGGCGGGAGCGGUGGCGGGGUUUGCGGAGGCUGGUGUGGUUCCGGAGCUGGCACCGGCGGAGUGGCAGGAGGGCGGCGUGAUGGUGGUGGCGGUGGAGGAGGAGGAGGGGCGGGCGACCUUGGACGGCAUGGAGGAGGACGACAUCAUACCCGCGCGCCGUACCGGCCGACCCGUCCGCUUCAACCCCGCACAACACGCCGCUGCUGCUGCCGCUGCCGCCGCCGCUGCUGCCGCUGCUGGCGGCAUGCCGCUGGGCAGCCUGGGCGGCGGCACCGCGGAGGGCUCCGUCGUACACCACCAGGACUACCGGGGCUGCCAGCAGCAACAUCAACAUCAACAUCAACAUCAACAUCAACACCAGCAGCCGCAGCAGCAACCGCACCUGC